AUGGGACUCUUCUUAAAGAAUUUGAUACAUUGUGUUACAAAUAAUGUGGUAUUAUUUGUAUUAGUGAUCAUCAAUUUGCAGUCACACUUCACAAGUGCAGCAAUAGGAGUCAACUAUGGACGGCUAGGAGACAAUCUCCCAUCACCAAUCGACGUAAUAAACCUCUAUAAAAGAGAAAACAUCCCACUUUUAAGACUAUUCGACCCGAACCCGGAUAUCCUCAACGCCUUAAGAGGGUCAGGAAUCAAAGUGUCCCUAGGAAUAAACAAUGCAAAUGUAACCAACAUUGCCAUGAAUCUCAACACAGCUAUAGAAUGGGUCAACACAAACGUAGUCCCUUAUUCGAAAGACGUGAAUUUCGGGUGGAUCACGGUAGGAAACGAGAUGGUACCAUCAGUUCCCGGGGCUCCGCUUAUCACUCAAGCUAUGAGCAACAUACAAGCCGCCCUUAACGGGGCGGGUUUAUCCGGUGUUGUGAAUGUGUCGACGGUUGUUAGUACUAAUGUGUUGGGAGUUUCUUACCCACCGUCUGCUUCGGAUUUUAGCGACGAAGCUAGGGAAGUUAUGAAGGGGAUCGUUACAUGGCUCGAAGUAUGUGUGGCAGAUGAGCAGGAGAAGAUUCUUUAUAUCAUUCUCCCGGGUUUAGGGACACAAAACAACGACGUAACAUUUAUCAUAUUUUUAAUGCCUACAGGUACGAAGAGCCCUCUUAUGAUCAAUGUAUACCCUUACAUUGCUUUCGCAUCAAACAUUGGACAAAUACCAUUAGAUUAUGCUCUAUUUGCUGCACAAAAUCCUGUAAUUGAUGGACAAUACGUUUACCAUAGCUUGUUCGAAGCUAUGGUUGAUUCUUUUUAUGCUGCAGUGGAGAAAAAUGGUGCACAAAACGUGCCGAUUGUGGUGGCGGAAACAGGGUGGCCGACUGCCGGAAAUGAACCUUAUACUAGUGUUGGAAAUGCACAAGCUUAUAAUCAAAGGCUUAUAAAUAAGAUGAAGCAGAGUGGAACGCCGCGGCGGCCGGGAAUUUUGUUGGAAUGCUUGAUUUUUGCUAUGUUUAAUGAAGAUCAGAAACCAGUUGGGGUUGAACAGAAUUGGGGGAUUCAUUAUCCAAACAUGAACCCUGUUUAUCCAUUGGUAUUUUGA